GUAAUAACCAAUUAUCAGAGGUAGAAAUUAAAAAUUGUCCGAAUUUAAAAGAAGUUAUUGCUUCUCAUAAUAAGUUAAACGAAUUAAAAAUAGAGGACUGUCCGGAAAUAACCGAUUUAUAUACCAGUUAUAAUGAAUUAACUGAGUUGGAUGAAAGAGAAAAGUUAAACAGACUAGGCUUGCCAGAAAAAAGAAAAAAAGGGAAACGAUUUUCAUGGAGUAGUUUCAGAGAAUUCUUUAAGGAAUUUAUUAAAAAUAAAGAGAAUAAACAAAAAGCAACUGAAAUUGAUAUUAGUAAUUUAGGUAGCAGAUUAGGUUCCAGAAAGAAAAAAUUAGAAAUCAAAAACUACCCUAAUCUUACUCAUUUGAAUGUUGAUAAUUGUAAUUUAAAGGAGUUAAAAAUAAAAAAUUGUCCUGAAUUGAAAACUUUAUCUUUUAGGUUUAACCAAAUUCAGGAGAUUGAUUUAAGUGGUUUGCCUAAUUUAGAGGCUUUGUAUUGUUCGGGUAAUAAAAUAGAAAAAUUGGAUUUAAGUAAUAACCCAGAACUAAAACAUUUAGUUUGUGAUAAUAAUCCUAUUACUAAACUAGAACUAAAACACUUAAAAGACUUAGAAAGUUUGUAUUGCUUUAAGUGUUAUUUAGAGGAAUUGGAUUGUAGCGGCUUAAAAAACUUAAAAGAGGUGUAUUGUGCUAAUAAUAAUGGUUGUUUAGAAAAAAUAACAGGUUUAACUACUUGUGAAAAUUUAAUUGAGUUAGAUUGCGCGGAGAAUUCUUUAACUGAAUUAGAUAUUAGCGGUUUAAAGAAUUUAGAAUUUGUUUCUUGUAAAGAAUGCAGGCUUGAUCUUUUUUGUGCUAAAGGAUGUGGCAAUUUAACUUAUUUAGAUUAUAGUAUUCAAAAAGUUUUUUCUCCUAAACAAAUUGCAGAAAUUAAAGAAGUGAUUUCAGUUCCAAACAUUAAAGUAAUGAUUUUAAAUUUAAUGGCUAGCGGUCCUGAAUCACUUCCGAAUGAAAUUAAACAACUAUUUGCUUCGUUUGAAAUUUACCUUGAUGGUGUUUCUGAUAUUAAUCAAAUUUCAGACUUACUUAUUUCAGGUUCCAUUAAAAUUGUUAGUGAACUUAGAGAGGCCACGUUAUUUACUAAGGAAGUUGGAAGUAUUGAAUUAAAAG